CUAACGGAGCAUUCAGGAGCGCUGGGAUAUUGCUGCAUGUCUCCCGAUAAUCGUUUGAGUAUCAAUUUAUAUAAACUGAACAGCUAUUUUUAUUCUGAAUGUUGGUUUGGGCUCUUGACUCAACGCGAAGGCUGGAUCUACAGUAAUUCUAGAUGGGACACUGCUAUUAUGCUCUUGAAAAAGCCACUCAAAGUACUCAAGUAAAAUGCGCGGCUGUCCGAAUGAGUACAAAUGUAAGUUACUUUGCUUGAAAGCGUUAUCAAAAUACAUUAAAAUAUAAGUUCAGAUCAUAAAAGACUACAUCUACCAUAAUUCCAAAGUUUUAGCGAUUACAUCCAUGCGCGAUGUCGUCCGCAUUCUUGCAUGAUGAAGUGUAAGGAGGUGUUCAGUACCAAGUGGGACUGGUUCUCAUUCAUUUUCGUCGAAAAUACAGUUUCUUAAAGAUACAGUAAAGCAGAAAUUCCGUGGGUGGAGAGUUUAAUCUUUUACUGACUUGCUCUGAAUAUUUUCCAUUUGAAUGUAAAAACGCCAUUUUGCAGGAAAACAGAGGACUUGGGAGAUAAGUCAGAAGAAAAUGGCAAAUAAGUUAUUCCGAGCCAUCAUUAUGGGUCCUCCGGGCUCUGGGAAGGGAACAAUUUCUCAGAGAAUCGCCCAGAGGUUUGGCCUGCAACAUCUGUCCAGCGGUGAUUUCCUCCGGGAGAACAUCGCAGCAAGCACUGAGGCGGGCAUUUUGGCACAGAAAUACAUUGAAAAGGGUCUUUUGGUUCCUGAUCAAGUUAUAACACGUUUGGUACUUACCAAACUGGAAAGGAUGACAAGACACAGCUGGCUUCUUGAUGGUUUCCCGCGGACUUUGGCACAGGCACAUGCCCUGAAUAGCACCUGUGAUGUCGAUUUGGUCAUCAGCCUGAACAUUCCCUUUGAGUCACUGAAGGAGAGACUCAGCUCAAGGUGGAUCCAUCCUUCUAGUGGAAGAGUGUACAACAUGGAAUUCAAUCCCCCACAAGCAGAGCAGUAUGACCUAAUUUUAGAUGUAGGGAUUGGCUGUUCUAGAGAUAUCACAGAGCAGAAAGCUGUACAAGAUCACCUGACUGAAUGCAGCGAUCCCAUUGGAGGGUUCAUUUCCCCUUUCUGA